GGAAGUGCAGUGUUUUUUCACAAUCAUGCGCGCCAUCCACCGGAUCCCGCCGCCUCCACCGCCGUCGUCGGCAUUCCCGCCGUAUGUGGCCAAGGACUUCUUUCGAUUUGAAAUUGUGCACCAGUCUACCAAGUCCAAGGCUCGCGUCGGCCGCAUCCACACUCCACACGGCGUCAUCGACACACCCGGGUUUGUUCCUGUCGGGACCAACGCAGCACUGAAGGGUAACGAACGCGGCGUUGUCGUCACAACUGAGCUCACGUUCCUUCGAAGGCGUGACCCAAGCUCAAGCUGAUGCAUCCGGCGCACAGCUCAUGUUUGCGAAUUCGUACCACUUGCUCCUUCAACCCGGCCCUGAAGUGAUUCGACAACACGGCGGGCUCCACACGUUUAUGAAUCGUUCUCGCCCGAUCAUCACCGACAGCGGAGGCUUUCAAGUGUUUUCACUAGCGUACGGAUCGGUGCACGAGGAGCUCAAGGGCAAGUCGUCCACCCACAGCAAGUACCGCGCGGCGAACCCGACGUCGGCCGUGGUCAAGAUCACCGAGGAAGGCGUGGUUUUCAAGUCGUAUCGGGAUGGCCGCCGCAUCUCGCUCACUCCCGAGUCCAGUGUCCAAAUCCAGAAAGCUUACGGCGCCGACAUCAUUAUCCCGUUCGACGAGCUGCCACCAUAUCACAUCACGCCAGACAAACUUGAAACCAGUGUCAUGCGCACCCAUCGGUGGGAAGCGCGAUCGCUUCAUGAACAUCUGAAACACGUCAAUCAGCAAGCCAUGUACGGCGUCGUCCACGGCGGCAUCGACCAACGCCUGCGACGCAUGAGCGCCGAGUACAUUUCGUCCCUCCCGUUCGACGGCCACGCCAUUGGCGGCAGCAUGGGGAAAGAUCGCACCGAAAUGAUGGACUUGCUGACGUUCUUGCGGCCGUUCCUCCCCGACGAGAAGCCGAUCCAUCUCCUCGGCAUCGCAGAUGAACCAUCGCUUCACCAGUGCGUCCCUCUCGGGAUCGACACGUUUGACUCGUGCUUCCCCACUCGCGCCGGUCGACAUGGCACGCUGUUUUCGGCGUCGCGAGGCGGCCCCCUCCACGUCGUGCGCGGCAAGUUCGCCGGGGACAAGGGCCCUAUUGAUGCAGAGUGCGCAUGCCCAGCAUGUACACAGCACUCGGUUGGGUACAUCCACCAUCUCUUCAAGGCCAAAGAGCCGACCGCGAUGAUGCUUGCGACGCUCCAUAAUCUCCACUACAUGGUGCGCCUCAUGACAACAUUCCGUCAACACAUUCUCGAUAACCGGAUCUAACGAACAAG